CAUAUAAUUUGAAAUUUCACAAAUGUAGUUCAUUUUCGAUUCGAACAGAUAGAUGAUAAAAUAGAUGUUUUUAUAAAAAGCUAAAAAAAAAAAGCGAACAUUGCUAAAUUUUUUGUAAAGUAAAGCCCCAAAAUUCGGAAAUCCUUAGAAUGACCACAUGUCAGCAACUGAAGGACUCUGUCCGUCCCGACUGUUGUCGCAUUAGCGAUCCAAUUCCCAGCGAUGCCGAGUGCUUUGAGCGCGACAUCUCCAAGGAACUGGAGAAGCUUAAGCGGCGCCAUGAGCGCAUGUUCGUGAAGCGACGCCGCCUUAUGGAGAUGGCUGUGCCCAGGGUACUGGUGUCUCGCUUCGUGCCCAAGUGCCCCUGUCCAUUCACCAAGUCCAUCGAAAUGGUGUAUCCCUGCCAGGCGCAAAGCUAUACGCGCACCGAGCAGCUGGCCUUGCCAACCGUACGACGUCUGCUCUAUCGACGCCGGGUUGCAAUCCUUGCCGGCGACGAGAUCGGCGAGUCCAUCCUGAACAGGUGGCUGCGUUACAGCUAUAUGUCGCUCUACAGCCGACUGGCCAACUCCCAGCCCCUAACAAAGCCUAAAAAGAAAAAGAAGAAGACGGAGAAGCAGUUGGCCAAGCACGACAAAUAUAUCGCAAAACUGGCCACGCCGAAGGUUCCCCCAAAGCCACCGAAGCCGGAAAGGAAGGCAGGCGAGGUCGACAAAGCGCGUCUGAAGACUUUGUCCAGUCCCAGGGCCUAUGUGGAGGAGGUGAAGCCGAAGUGGGAGCUAACUCCCGAUAUGAAAAACUUCAAGGCGUCCAGGAGACUAAAGAUGAUUGCGGCGCAUAUCCAAAGGGAUAAUGUCCACAUCAACGAGACUCCGGAGAAAGUGUCGCCAAAUGCCCUUCGCUAUAAACCGAGUGCCCGCAUCAAGGAAAUGUCCGAACCGUUGAAGACGCGCGAUGCCAACCAGGGAUUGGCUGACGUCAAGGAAAAUCCCUUUAGCAUCUCUCCCAAUGCCCUCAAGUACAAGGCAUCGUCGCGUAUCAAGGAGCUGGCGGAGCCCAAGGAGUUCGAGAACACUCACAUCCGGGAGAAUCCCUUCGCCAUUUCGCCAGCCGCCCUCAAGGCCAAGGCUUCUCCGCGUCUCAUCGAGUUGGCCAAGCCUAAGGGCGGAUAGAUGUGGCUAUGAAGGUCAUCCGUUCUUCAAUAAGUUUUGGUGUUAUUAUAGUUUUUGCAUUUCGGCUACGUUUGGUUUUAAGUUUCCCAUUAAAUUUGUAUUUUGGUUUGUAA